UCUCGCUUUGGUCUCAGGGAUCACCGGCAGGUCACACCACGGCCUGUGCUGGAGCCGGUGGGAAGGCAUGGGUUGGUCUCAGAAUUUGUUCCGUGUCUUGUGGAGAGCGCUGUCAAAGGAAGUGAAGGAGCAAGUGGGCACAGACCGGUUCGGGAACAAAUACUACUAUAUUCCAGAGUACAAGAACUGGAGAGGACAAACUAUUCGAGAGAAAAGAAUUGUAGAAUCAGCAAAUAAAAGAGAAACAGACAAUGAAGUAGGAGAUAUCCCAACAGAAUGGGAAGCUUGGAUCAGGAAAACAAGAAAGACUCUACCUACUAUGGAGGAAAUAAUGAAGAAUGAAAAAUAUAAAGAAGAAAUUAAAAUGAAAACCAAAAACUUUUAUGAAAAAGGAAAACUCCUCAGAGAAGAGAGCAACAAGGAACACUUGGCUCCACCAGUUCAAACUCAGAUUAAAGGGCAUGCCUCCGCUCCGUACUUUGGAAAAGAAGAAUCCUCGGUGGCUCCCACCAGCACUGGUAAAACCUUUCAGCCAGGAUCCUGGUUGCCACAAGAUGGCAAGAGCCACAAUCAAUGAAUGCACUGUGGUAAAAUCAUUCCAUUUAUAGAUGUAUGUGACUAUUUUAACAAGUAAAAGUAAAAAGUUA